AUGUCGGACAAGGAGGGAAGUUUGCUGUACAAGUACAGCAGCACAAGGAGGGACUUGUCUCACUCCCGCCAUCUGAGAGUCUUCCAGGUUCUGAUAGGAAAGGCCUGCUCUUGUGUUCUGAUAGAGCGACAGCUGAAGUACUCCAAACAUGGCCUGGCACUGACCUGGAAGCAGCCGUCAUGGAUCUCUCUGAGAAAGGAAAGGAAGGUCUACGUUCAGGACAUGAGAUCCAUCUGCUUUGGAGCCCAGGAGGAGUCAUCGAACCACCCAGUAGGCCACGGGACUGAGGACGAGGACCUGUGCAUCUCAAUCACCUACGACGACCAAAGCGGACCCGGCGUCUCGUCUCUAUACCUCUGCGCCCAAAAUCAUCAAGACUUUGACUUGUGGCGAGAUAAUCUGUCGUCUCUCAGAUCUGCCAAAUCGGAGAAGAGCGCAUUCACCGACAGCUUCAGCACCGCCAUCAUGGCGGCAUCCGACAACGAUAUCAGCCACACGAUGAUGGACUCCACAAGUGAGCUCGCCUCCUUGGAUGGAAUGGAAUCCGUCAUGUCAGAUCUGGAACGUGAAAAGCUGUUCCACAGGAAAGAUCCGCAAGUCAGGUGGAAGAAUGCAGCCAGAUUGCAGGCGAUUGUACGAGGGUACAUGACGAGAAGGUCAUUCCUCAACCAGGGUGCAAAGGAUUUCGUCGUCACUGCUGAUUUGGGGUCUUCCAGCAACCAUUCUCAGCUCUCACUGUCAAGUGCGGUUGAGCAACUACCCGAAGAUUCGAAAGCCCCUGAGUACACCAUCAGAAACUCCGACUCCCUUCAAGCUCUGGAGCAUUCUUUCAAGGAGAAGAGAGAUCUCAGCCAGUACUUGCGAAGUUUCGCACAAGAAGAAGAGCAGAGAAUAUCGCAGCUAAUGGUCCGGCUGAUGGCCUUGAAACGACCUCACAAGAACGUCAACGACCCUGAUGUACAUUUUGCCUUUGACUUGGACGAGCUGGAAAAGAUUAGCCACGAGCUCGAUGAGACAACAAAGAUGAUCAACGUCGUUGCAGAGGACCUUGGAAAGCUCUCCGAGGCGGUCAUCGAGAACAUUCAAGAGAACAACAAGGAGCAUGACGAGCUACUCAAGGAGUACGACGCGCGGAGAGUGGAGUGCGAGAGGAAGAUCAGAAGAUUGAGUCUGAUUGUAAACAAGAUGGGUCAGAAUACUCAAGAAUCCCUGAAGCAGAUGAGUCGACUCGAAGAGAGUUUUGACAACUUGCCGGAACCAAGACCACCUUCAAGGGCGUGGCUGGUCGUACUUCUCUCAGCGUUUGUGAUGGUCCUUGCUAUUCUAAUACAGAUCAACCUAUUAUGAGGAAAAUCCCAUAGGAAUGCAGAUUUCAUGUUCUUUCAACCAUAAUUUUAAAG